UCACAAUACCAGUGAUUUUUAAUCAUGCUGGGGGGGCUCCUCUUUAGAAGUAUUUAAAUUGUAUGAGCAUUGAAUAGCUGAUUUUGUGUUGAAUGCAGUCUUUAGUCUAGCAACUCAGAUAAUGGUGGAAUAUGAAAGGCCAUUAGCCCCUUAAGGGAUCUAUCCCUGCAUCAGUGCAUUCAUCGAGUUAAAGAAAACAAGACACUCAUGAUAUAUUUGUCUGAGAAAGAUUUUUUUUCCAAUUAGGGUAUAAUAUGCACUAUGCACAUAGGAGAUGUAUGAUGUUUGUUCCUGAGACUCCGGUGUAUUGUGGAGUGCCAUUAAUGUGCAGUAAUGCAUGGUCAGACUCCCCAGGGAAAAUAGGGUUGCUUCCUCUCCAUCUCUCCAUCAUGCUUCCCAUCCAAUGAAACCUCAGACAGGAUUCUUGUGUGCUCUGUAAACACGCCAGCAUCCAUCUCAGGGUAGGAGUUCUCCACAAGGCUCGGCUAUCAGCCUGAGAGGAUCCGUUUGGCUCCCUUUGGAUUUUAAUGCUAGACUUGAUCUCUGCACAACAAUAAAUGGAUAAUUAGGAACAACAGGAAUCGGGGUACAGAGAAACAAAAUACUGCUUCAUUAUAAUAGCGUCACAGAGAGGAGGAGGGAUGGAUCAGACAAACAUCCUAGAAAUGAAACCCUUUUCCCUGGAGACGGAUGACCGGAGUGCUGAGGAGAGGUCUCACUGCAAAGAGAAAACAAAAGGCUGGCCCUUUAAGGGUGGCAGAGUGGAGAAGAUCCCCAUGGAUACGAGUUACCUGGAGGAAGUGGUCACACCCAAAAUUCGGUUCAAUUUGAACUUUGACAGGAAAUUAAGGGGAUGUGAAGAAAUAAUAAAUCAGGAAAAUGCACAGAAAUUUGGCAUUAACACCUUAUUUGCAGCAGUGUCGAGUGGGGACAUAAGCAAGCUGCGGGGGCUGCAUGAAUACUUGCAGCACACGAUGAAACACUUGACAAAUUCCGAAUAUGAGUCACAUGGCAAAAACGCCCUUAUUAAAGGGCUCCUAAAUCUAAAAAAUGGCAAAAAUGACACCAUAGAGUUUCUUCUUGACAUUGCGGAGAAAAUGGGAGACUUGAAGGAAUUUGUCAAUGCAGCGUACACAGACACAUACUACAAAGGGCAAACUGCACUUCAUGUUGCCAUUGAGAGAAGGAGUGAGUUCUUCGUCAAGCUGCUGGUGCAAAAAGGAGCUGAUGUUCAUGCCAGAGCCUGUGGGAAAUUCUUUCAGGCACACGAUGGACCAAAUUUCUACUUUGGUGAGCUGCCACUAUCACUGGCAGCCUGUACCAAUCAGCCAGCCGUUGUUGAUUUUCUCAUCGAUAAUCCGUACCAGAAGGUGGACAUCAUGAAGACGGAUUCCCAGGGCAACACUGUGCUACAUGCUCUGGUCCUGGUUGCAGACAAAGACAACACUGACUUCAUCGUAAGGAUGUAUGAUCAUAUCCUCACUAUAUCAGCAAAGCUUCACCCAGAGACCAAGCUAGAGGACACUGAGAACCAUGAAAAGUUGACGCCACUCAAACUCGUGGCCAAGAGAGGCAAAAUUGAGCUGUUUCAGCACAUGAUACGCCGCAAGUUUGAUGAUAAGCAGAGUGUCCACCUAUCCCGCAAAUUCAUAGAAUGGGCAUAUGGUCCCGUCCAGUCAUCCCUCUAUGAUUUGACUUCAUUGGACUCCUUCGAGGCCAACUCUGUCCUGGAAAUCAUUGUCUACGGAAGUUUGAUUCCAAAUCGCCUCAAGAUGCUUCAGCUGGAGCCUCUCUGCAGGUUGCUUAAUGACAAAUGGGAAAAGUUCGCUCGAUGGCUAUUUCUCUUCAAAUUCCUCAUCUACCUUGUCUACUUAGGGAUCUUCACCGCAGUUGCUUAUAACACGAGGAUGAAGCCGCAGUCAUCAUUUUCCAAUGAAGAGACUGAUGUGGAUUAUGUCUACCUCACUGGCCAAGUGAUCUGUUGCGUUGGAGCGCUUUGUUUCUUUUUUAAAGGGUUAUCAGAACUGAAGAGAAAGCGCCCGAAUCUGCAGACUCUGCUGGUGGAUGGGUACAGCGAGAUACUUUUUUUCAUACAGGCCAUCCUCUUCAUCAUCGCGGCAGUCCUUUACUGCUGUAAAAGGCAAGAAUACUUGGGCCUCCUGGUGAUCAGUCUUGCCCUCAGCUGGAUCAAUUUGCUGCACUUCUCCCGAGGUUCCAGACAUAUGGGGAUCUACACAAUCAUCAUACAGAGGAUGAUCCUCAGUGACGUUUUGCGCUUUCUGUUUGUCUACAUUGUCUACCUUUUUGGAUUUUCAGCAGCUGUGGUGACGCUGCUGGAUGAGCCCCCACCCCCUAAACUUCACCGCAAUAGCUCAUCAAGGUCCUUUUUUACCCCAGUAGACGAAUCUGUUGACUGUAAGAAACCCACCUUUAAAAGCCUCUCCUUCACCACUCUGGAGCUCUUCAAGUUUACCAUAGGAAUGGGUGACUUGGAGUUCACCGAGAACUACAAGUACAAAGAGGUUUUCUACGUGCUGCUCAUCUCCUACAUUGUCUUUACCUACAUCCUGCUGCUCAACAUGCUCAUCGCCCUGAUGAACAGGACUGUGGAGCAGCUGUCUGAAGAGAGCUUAAACAUCUGGAAGCUUCAGAGAGCAAUCACCAUCCUGGACCUGGAGAGGACUUUACCCUCCUGUCUGAGGAAGAGACUGCGUUCUGGGAUGGAGAAAGACCUGGGCAGGAAGCCUGAGACAGACAAGCGCUGGUGCUUCAGUGUGGAAGAAAUCAACUGGAACAAAUGGGAGAGCGACCUCGGCAUCUUAAACGAAGAACCCGGGAGCUGUCAGAAAAUGAUGCAUUUCCCACAAAACAAAGACAUGCAACUCAAUUAAGUGGAUGGGGGGAGGGCAGGAGUCAGACUUUGGUAGAUCCAUUUGGGCCCGAUCUAUAACAUUUGGAAGAUUUCAGCAAAACCUGCAAAGAGUCACGGCAUUAACUUUAAUGUUAUUGGCAGUUAGUGAAAGCAGAUGGAGAAAGUCCAUUUAGGUGAUAUAUUGAGUAGCAGUGAUUGUUGUGCAGUUACAGUCUUUGGUCUAUUUUGUAAUGAGUGUCUCAUUCAAGAAAAAGAAAAAUUCACCUUUUUAUAUGAGAACACAAAAUGCUCAGUUUCCUCCACCCCAGUACAUCUCAGAGCCGCUGUGUUACGUGCCGUAAGGUGUUGGGGAGGGGUUGCCCUGCCGAUCCUGAUCGUCGCCCAGCUCCCUUCGACUCUGCCUCCCGGACCUGGCCACGCCCCGAUCUUCGACGUUACUUCCGCUUCUAUGAUUGAAAAAGCCGUGGCGGGAGAGUAGCAGGAGCUCUGCUCUUGGUUGGUUUGUAUGUGGUUUGCUUGCAUGUUGAUUAUUGGUGUAUGACAGUUUUGGUUUCCUGGUUUUCGUCUCUUGCUUUGCCCUUCUGUACCUUUGCCUUCGGUUUUGACUGCUUUCUGGUUUUGAUCUCUUACCUUCUUACUGACCCCUCUCUUUGCCUUGCCCCUCGGAUACUGUGUUUCGGCUUUGGUGUUUCCUGUAUGUUCGUGUCUGUUAAGUGUGUAAGGAGUGACUGCCCAUUUGUUUUUCCGUGUGGUUUACUGUGUUUUUUGGUGAGGGAGUCAGAGUUACUUUUGUCAUUUUGUUUUCCCGUUUUCUUUUCGUUUAGAAUUAGCUUAGUUGAGACGUGUUCGUUAGUGCUGUUUGUUUAUUGUUUUGGCCGUGUCACUCCGGAAGUCUGUUACCCUACUGUUUGUGAAAGUGUUGUUAAUAAAUAUAAAAAAAUACAAAAAAAGA